GAAUUUUAUACACCUCGAACAUCCGUGAAGCUUAAAGAAGUCAUAAAACAUCUCAACGACACCCAAGAAUCCGUUAUUCGCAGAAACAUAUACUUCCGGAUAUAACAUCGGUAUAUAUAUAUGUCUUUGAAAAUGGGAAAUUUCAUUCAUUUCCAACUUCAAACCAGAAGGAAGAAAAAGCUGCUAAGAAUAUAUAUCCACCAUGAAGCUUGUUGUUUUGUUUGCGGUUGCUGCAGUUCUGGCCCUGUCGUCUGCUCUUUCACCUGUACCGCCAGAAAUUGUUGAUGAUGAUGUUGUUAAUAAUACUCCUAGAAAAUUCGAUGGCAUUGAUCUCGAUCUUCUUACAGAAGAAGAAUUAGAGGCGCUGAUGGAGGCAGAAGAUAAAAAAUUUGCAGGUGAACUCGACGUUUACAUCGGUGCCAAUGAGUUAAAUGAAAAAUACGCUGACAAGAAGGGACUUCGACCAAAAAGAUGGGUUCCUCUGGCCAUUGCUGGUGGACGUCUUGCCUUUUCAGCUGGACGAGCUUUCUUAAGUCGCUAUGCUAGAAAUGGAAUAACUAGAAGUGGUGCCAGAAUUACCAAACAUUAUUCCAGACCAGGCAACUAUUUCACCGGACUCCGAGAAUUCAAGAAAUUGAAUCCAACUGGUGUUAAACGUAUUGGUGGAUCCAAAUUCAAUGGUUGGACCGGAACUAGUGGAAAUUAUCGUGUUACUGUCAGAAGUGGAAGCAAAGGAACCAGUGGCGCCAAUGGAUCACCAACUCUCAGUGUCUCUAGCAAAGGUGGGGACCUCGUCAGAAAAUUCAGAUUCGAUUAAAAUCUUUAACCAUGGACCUUGUAUUAUAGUUCAAAAUUUUGUUUUACUGCAUGUAGCAGAGGCCAUCGAAAGUUAAAAAAAAAACGGAACGAAAUAUAAUCUGUAUUUUAAUCAAAUUUGUUUUGUAGUAGAAUCAUGGAUCGUAUAUAAUCAGUACAGUUCUAUGGUAGAAUAAUUAAAAUAUGUAUUACUGUUUUGCAUUAGGUAUCAAUCGUUUUGUGUCAAAAUAUACAGGAAUAUAAAGUAUUAUUAUUUUAUAAAUACUUACAAUUUAAAUCAUUUUUAUAUUAUUAUUAUUUUA